UUUAAAUCUGAUGCUCCUACUUUUUACUUCCUCAAAGUCCAGCAAAUAAAAACUCUCACAGUGACCUACUUUGUCAACAGAAGACAGCAGAGUCGCAGCCAGAGAACUUCUCCAACUCUUUGACUUUUGGACUUCAGGAUGUUGCAUUGCGUGUGCCUGUUGCUGCUGGUAGCCUCGGCUCUGAGCCACCUGGAUGAAGUCACUCUGGACGCCCAGUGGGAACAGUGGAAGACCACACACUCCAAAGAGUACAACGCACUGGAUGAAGAGGGGAUUCGGAGGGCCAUCUGGGAGAAGAACAUGUGGAUGAUUGAAGCCCACAACCGGGAGGCAGCGCUGGGUAUGCACAGCUACGAGAUGGGGAUGAACCACCUUGGCGACAUGACGUCAGAGGAGGUAGCUGAGAAGAUGACCGGCCUGCUGGUUCCUGAUUACAGAGAUCCGAGCUUCACAGUGGAUCUGGAAGACGGAAAGGUGAACAAGCUGCCCAAAUCUCUGGACUACCGCAAGAAGGGGAUGGUGACCGCUGUGAAGAACCAGGGCUCCUGUGGCUCCUGUUGGGCCUUCAGCUCUGCCGGGGCCCUCGAGGGCCAGCUGGCCAAGAAGACGGGUCAGCUGAUCGACCUGAGCCCUCAGAACCUGGUGGACUGUGUGAAAGAGAACGACGGCUGUGGAGGAGGAUACAUGACCAACGCCUUCAAGUACGUGCAGGAAAACGGAGGCAUCGACUCAGAGGAGGUUUACCCGUACGUCGGAGAGGACCAGUCGUGCCGUUAUAACUCCACAGGCAUGGCCGCCCAGUGCAAAGGUUACAAGGAGAUCCAGCAGGGCGACGAGCACGCGCUGGCUGUGGCUCUGUUCAAAGCUGGCCCCGUGUCUGUGGGCAUCGACGCCACGCUGAGCAGCUUCCAGUUCUACCAGAAAGGUGUUUACUACGACCGCAACUGUAACAAAGACGACAUCAAUCACGCCGUCCUGGCAGUGGGCUUCGGAGUGACCCCCAAGGGCAAGAAAUACUGGAUCGUCAAGAACAGCUGGGGCGAGAGCUGGGGAAAGAGCGGAUACAUCCUGAUGGCACGUAAUCGUGGAAACCUCUGCGGCAUCGCUAACCUGGCUAGCUACCCCAUCAUGUGAAGACAAAACACGGGGAAACGUAGGGUGGACGAUGGGGGAACAAAGACUACUGCAUACUAAAGAACACCUGGACAUAUACUUAAAGCUCACUUCAACCACUAAGAAACACAACACAUGAUUUCAGUUUGUUUACAGACUUUUGAUUUCCUGAUACGAUAGAAAAGAUCCAGACUGGAGCUGUCUGAAGCACUUUGAGCUCUGGUGUAAGUUCUCUGUUUAACCUAAGGGAACUGAUUGUUUUAGUGCCAAAAGUGCCAAGUUUAAUCCUUAAAUCAACAACACACAGCCAAAAUUUAACACUUUUUUACCUUCGGUGGGUGCCAGCUUUAGUCUCUUGUUUUAAUGACAGUUCAUGUAAAGAUUAACAGUUUCAUUGCUGGGCAAUGACGCUCCUUUUAGUCGAUGCAGUCCAUCCCUUAAAUUCGUCUCCAGUUUCUUUCCUGAUCGUGUCGACUUUCGUUGUUUUUGUUGUUCUGAUAAAGCACUUUCCUGAUGAUCAAAGACUAUAAAGUGAUGUUUUCUAUGAAGUUAAAUAAAAAUUUCCUUUUGAA